AUGAUAAACAUUCCUUGCAGUGGGAAAAAAUUGAACGUGAGGCAAAUUGAGAAAGAGAAAGUAGUGGUUGUAAUGGGAGCCACAGGGACAGGGAAGUCAAGGCUGUCCAUUGACCUAGCCACAUGUUUUCCAUCAGAAAUCAUAAACUCCGACAAAAUUCAAGUCUACCAAGGUCUCGACAUAGUCACAAACAAAAUCCCAGAGGAGGACCAACGUGGAGUUCCGCACCACUUACUAGGAACAAUAAACCCCAACCUAGACUUCACUCACAGUGAUUUCAUUGAAACCUCAUCAUCUGCCAUUGACACCAUCACCAGUCGCCAGAAGCUUCCAAUCAUCGUUGGCGGCUCCAACUCGUACCUCGAGGCCUUGAUCGACUACGCCGACUACAAGUUCCGGUCGCGCUACGAUUUUCUCUGCCUCUGGGUUGACGUGGCAAUGCCCGUGCUUCAAUCCUACGUGGCGGAACGGGUUGACGACAUGUUACGUAACGGAAUGGUGGAUGAGCUGAGACCCUUUUACGGUCCCGACGGGGAUUACUCGAGAGGGGUUAGAAGAGCCAUUGGGGUUCCUGAAUUCGACGAGUAUUUUCGGAGGGAGGAGUUUGUCGAAGAGGAAACGAAGCAGAGGUUGUUGGAACAUGCGAUUAAGGAAAUUAAAUCAAACACAUGCAAGCUUGCGAUGAAACAGUUAGGGAAGAUUCACCGGCUGAGGAACGUCAAGAGAUGGGAGAUUCAUCGCUUGGACGCCACGCCCGUGUUUCGAAGGCGUGGCGAAGAAGCGAACCAGGCAUGGAAGGAGAUGGUGGCGGAACCUAGUGCUAUGGUUGUUGCGCGUUUUCUCUAUAAUUCCAAAAAUAAUGUCAACCUUGUUUCUGGGCACAGAGUGUUGCCAGCUUCAGACAGUGUUAUGGCUGCUGCAACGUGCUAA